UCUCUCUCUCUCUCUCUCUCUCUCUCUCUCUUCCCCCUCCUCUUCUUCCUCUUCGUCCCCAUCGGAGGAGAAGAGUCGUCGUCGUUGUCGGCGUACGGGUGAGAUCGCUAGGGUUUCCGAGAUAUCCCGGCGGCGGCGGCGGAUACUCGAUCUUUGAGUAAUUAUACAAGCGCAGAUAUGGUUGCGGAGGGGUUCACUGUUGAUCUGAAUAAACCUCUAGUGUUUCAGGUUGGUCAUCUUGGGGAACAGUAUGAGGAAUGGGUUCACCAGCCUAUUGUCAGCAAGGAAGGGCCACGUUUUUUCGAAAAUGACUUCAUGGAGUUGUUAACACGUACUAGAUGGUGGGCUAUUCCGGUCGUAUGGCUACCGGUUGUUUUUUGGUGUGUAACCACAUCUAUCAGGGUGGGCCGCACACUUCCUGAAGUAGGUCUCACAGUUGUUGGUGGAAUACUUUUGUGGACAUUGAUCGAGUAUACUUUGCACCGUUUCCUUUUCCAUAUGAAGACUAAAAGCUAUUGGGGAAAUACUCUGCACUAUCUUCUUCACGGGUGCCAUCAUAAGCACCCAAUGGAUGGGCUUCGUCUUGUCUUCCCUCCCGCUGCAACGGCCAUUUUGUGUGUGCCGUUCUGGAAUCUGCUUAAACUCUUGACUGCCCCAUCCGUAACUCCCGCGUUGUUUGGCGGCGGCCUAUUGGGCUAUGUGAUGUACGAUUGCACUCACUACUAUCUGCACCACGGACAGCCAUCGAACGACCCAGCUAAACAUCUCAAGAAGUAUCAUCUGAAUCAUCACUUCAGAAUUCAGAACAAGGGCUUCGGGAUUACUUCGUCGCUCUGGGACAUAAUAUUCGGGACAUUACCCCCAUCCAGGACCUCGGCUAAAAACAACUGAUAACUUACCCCCCUAAUUUUGCCGAUGUUAUAAAUGAUCCUUUGUUCCUGUGUUUUAGUCAUGUUAAUUUAUUUGCCCUCUUUUAAGUGCAACUAAUGCUAAUUGUCAAUUUGAGGGUUCUCACUCGUUACCUUGUGCACUUUUUACCACUAAGAGUGCUGAUUAAAUCUGUACUUAGGUUUAUCUAAGAUUGGAAAGUUGUAAAUUAAGGUUGUUUUGUGCAUUAUAGUCUUGGUUGUUUACCUUUGAUUUUUAUAUUGUAAUGACAAAAAUGUGAAAAUGGUUGGUCCCCA